UUAUACAUCUUGAAGAAACGUACAUACGUGGCGGACCUUGUAGAGAAUAGACUAACUCUAAAUGCGUCCUCUGUCUACGUCGGGUAUCUCACUCGUGGCGCGUGCAACCAUUUGUCAUGAGAAUCAAUGAAAUGUAAUGGACUCGACUUAACGCGCUAACCGCGACACUUCGUUGUAACGACCUUUGCACGUCCAUCGUUGUAACGUAUUUACGAACACCUCGAUUUUUAUCCAUCGCAACUCCCAUAUGAACUUCCAUACGAAAUUUACAAAAUAGUUUUUAGUUAUAGAUUCGACGAGAAGAACGGUUUCAUUAUGCUUUGUGGUCGUACGUAUUGUACAUCCUGUUUCCAAUUGGAUGAAUAAGUAGAGAUUAAGAAGAAAGCAGCGCGGUAAGCACGGAACGUGAGUGCGUCUAAUGAUAAUUAUGAUUCUUAUCGGUACUCUGGUGUACAGUGUACGGUGUCAGUUUACUCGAAAGGUGGGCUGUGAAAUACGUACAACCAUAGUACAGUAUCUAGACGUUCACAGAGGAUAUUGUUAUCUACUUUCUAUAUAUUAAAAUGUUGGUCUAAAAUCAAUGACCCCGCUAUAUCAUUACAAUACCGAUUUACUUUUAUUCAUUCAUGUGAACGUCUGUAGAUUGCACCAGGAAGUCCCAUGGUUAUCUGAAGACGUUUACACGUAUCUGUCUUCUGAUAACACUUACGCGAAUAUAAUCGAAACCUCUUAGUUAGCGAAUAUAAUAUCUCCUGUUUUUCGAACGUGGCAAACGUGCUCGUUUGCUACGUAAAAGGAAAUAUCUUUUCUAUCGUUUCUAUCGUAUCUGCAUUUUCGACAAAUAUCUCGGCUUUUAACCGGUAUUAUGUAACGUUUACAAAGCUAUCGGCUACAGUACUGUAAUAGGGAAAUUCGGGCAUAAACUGCGACAUCUAUACGCAUGGCCAAAGAGAUGAAAUAAUAGAAGAAAUUCGCAAGUUUCCUCGUUGCAACAGGAUAAUCUUCGUCAUCGUAUCGAAGGACAUGUAAUACCGCAACACACGAUCUGCACAACAAACGUAGCAUGAAGUUGUCUCCGUCUGCACUAACUAAAGUCACGAUGGUCAAUGCACCUGAAAGCAGAUCGAAGCGGUUCCAUAGCUCGUACAAACGCACAGUAUCAUCGCUAAAUAAGCACGAAAUUGGUAAUUUGGGAAGGAGAAAGAUAGAGGCACACAAUAAAAAAAUGCGAUUACAGUAAUUAUUAUAUGUACAUUAGAGAUUAAUUUUGAGUACUUUCGUUGCAUUUAUCUUGCGGAAACAACCACCGCCGUUGGCGGAAAAUUACACACUUUCGCCCUCGUUACCGAUAAACAGCUGCAUUAUAUAAAGAUAAAUAUGACGUUGGACACUUUCUGUUGCUCAAGACAAUGACUACAGAAAGUCGAAUUUGUAUAUAACUAUACUGUCUCGCUAAAGUAGCGAAGAUUAUAAACAAAUAUUGUGUUAGUAGGAAAUAUGUAUAUUGAUGAAGCUGUUUAUUCAUUUCUGAGUCACCUUUGCCAUGGACAAUUGUUGACACCAUGGCUUAACACUGCUUGAUCAUUUUGCAUCAUUUAUGUGUACGUACUACUCCUACAAAGGAACAAAAAUUUAUCCUUGUAAAUAUCAAGUUAAUCAGCAUAACUACCAAACUUCCAAUAGAGUAGGCUAAUGUAAGGUGCUUCAUUGCCAGGGUCGCUGCAGAUAUUAGAAACUUCCUAACACCUUAUUCUAUGGUUUCUGUCGGUAGUAUCUGCAGAUGGUAUAGUAGCACAGAUUCAAUGUCAAUUGUUACGAAAAUAGAUUCAAUCGAAAAUUGGAAUACCCAAUCGAUAUCUGUGUAUAUGUAUGUAUGUCGUAAAAUUUCUCGAAGUACAUAUGUACAUUUAAGUCCGUAAAGCUGUGGUUGGCAGGAACAUUAGGAAUAUGUACGUGGUUGCACUUAAAAUCAUAAAAAAUAUUAGUAUGUAAUUAUAAAUAUUUACAGCACAGAAAUACAGAUCUAGCAGACAAUGGAAAGAUACAUACAGAGGCGUUUAAGUACUUUCUAAAGAUUUGUAAUGUGUUAAUGUAAACCCAACACCCUCUGGUGGUGCCAUGUAAAGCAGAUUAAAUGAAGGAACGUGUGUGGAAUAUGAAACUACCAAGUACAUAUACACACGAAUCAAGCCGGACAUUUAUGAAACGUCAGACGUACAACUAAAUUGCUAUUUUGUCGCAUUUUACGAAUGAAAAUGCUCUUUAUGUACAACAUGACAUUACUGUGUAUUAAUGCUGUCUAAAGAAAAGGCAUAUUAUCAAAAUGACUGAGGAUAAGCAUUUAUUAAAAGAGAGGUAUUAUGAAUUAAAUGAUUCCAUCGCAGGUGGAGAGACCCAACCAACUCCUGGAAAUGAGGCACAACCUGAAGCCUCUGAACCUAGAGCCAUACAUGGCGAAGGAUUGCACGAAAUAAUAGCAGAAUCAUCUUCUCAAAACGUACCUGAAUCAUCUACAGAUUUACUUACUGUUCAUGGAACAACGCAAGGAGAAAGUAGUGAUGCUGUUAGCAUACAUACAGCCAGUACUUCAGUUUCUGGCAAUGAAUCAAGUUCCAGUAGAGUGAGUGCAAUAACUGUAGUGUUACCUUGGGGUGCUCAGAAGGAAACAGUGAAACCAUUACAAAUGGCAGAUAUGGAUAUAGGACCUGGAGAAUUUGUGAUGCGUACCUUAUUCGCAGAAUUUACAUCGCAGGCAGAGAAAAAGAUGGAAGCAGUUAUGACAGAACAUGAAAAAUCACUUUCAAAAGUAUUACAAAGAGGUGAAGAUCCACAGUUUGAUCAGCUUUUAUCUGCAUUUGGUUCUGUUGCGGAACACUGUUUGCCUUCUAUACUACGAGCAUUAUUCAAUUGGUAUGAACGUCAAUUAGUUGAUCAGGGUAGUGAUCAGAAAAAACCUGCUCCUGGGAAAGAAGAUCAAAAAGGAAAGAGUAUCAUGUAUACAAUAGUAUCAGGAAGUGUAGAAACAGUUGAAAGAAGUGAAGCUGACUUACUUCAAGAACGGAGAGAUCUUGCUGUUGAAUUUAUAUUUUGUUUAAUGUUAAUAGAAGUAUUGCGUCAAUUACCAUUUCACCCUGGUCAUGAAGAUUUAGUAACAUAUAUAGAAAAUAUAGCUUUUAAACAUUUUAAAUACAGAGAAGGUAUUCAGAAUGAACCAAAUGCAGCAAAUAUUCAUAUUAUUGCUGACCUUUACGCGGAAGUAAUAGGAGUACUUGCACAAUCUAGAUUCCUUUCAGUAAGAAAACGAUUCAUGAUUGAAUUGAAAGAGCUACGUGCUAAAGAACCUGGACCUCACACAACUCAGAGUAUUAUCUCAUUAUUAAUGGGAAUGAAAUUCUUCAGAGUAAAGAUGGUACCAAUAGAAGAAUUUGAGGCAUCAUUCCAGUUUAUGCAAGAGUGUGCACAAUACUUUUUAGAAGUGAAAGAUAAGGAUGUUAAACAUGCUUUAGCUGGACUUUUUGUUGAAAUUCUUGUUCCUGUAGCAGCCGCUGUGAAAAAUGAAGUGAAUGUACCUUGCCUGAAAAAUUUUGUAGAGAUGUUAUAUUCUACAACGUUGGACAUGUGUACCAAAUCAAAACAUAGAUUGGCACUGUUUCCACUCGUAACGUGUUUAUUAUGCGUGAGUCAAAAAACAUUCUUCUUGCAAAAUUGGCACUACUUCUUAGCAAUGUGCCUUUCACACCUAAAGAACCGGGACCCCAAAACCUGUCGUGUUGCAUUGGAGGCGCUAUACCGUUUACUAUGGGUGUACAUGAUACGCAUAAAAUGUGAAAGUAAUUCAGCUACUCAAAGUAGACUGCAAAGCAUCGUGAACUCUUUAUUUCCUAAAGGUUCGAAGGCGGUAGUACCACGUGAUACUCCACUGAAUAUUUUCGUUAAAAUCAUUCAGUUUAUCGCACAGGAAAGAUUAGAUUUUGCGAUGCGAGAAAUAGUUUUCGAUUUGUUAUCGGUUGGUCGGCCAGUAAAAAUAAUUUUAACUCCCGAACGGAUGAGUAUUGGACUUCGUGCAUUUUUGGUCGUUGCUGAUAGUUUGCAGCAAAAAGAGGGAGAACCUCCCAUGCCCCGUACAAUGGGUGUAUUACCAAGUGGCAAUACUAUACGCGUUAAAAAGACAUUCCUCAAUAAAAUGUUGACAGAAGAUACUGCGAGAAGUAUAGGAAUGUCUUCAUACUUUCCACAUGUUCGUCGGGUGUUUGUUGAUAUAUUACGCGCUUUAGAUGUUCAUUAUGGCAGACCUCUCAUGAUGACAAGUACACAAAACAUGAACAAGGAACCAGACGAAAUGAUUACCGGAGAACGAAAGCCUAGGAUAGAUCUUUUCCGGACGUGUGUUGCAGCAGUUCCACGGUUGAUACCUGAUGGAAUGACUGGUGCUGAAUUAGUUGAUUUAUUAUCUCGUUUAACAGUUCACAUGGACGAAGAGCUUCGUGGACUUGCAUAUCAGAGCUUGCAGACAUUGGUCUUAGAUUUUCCCGACUGGAGACAAGAUGUUGUACUUGGAUUCACUCAGUUUCUCGCUAGAGACGUUCAGGAUACUUUCCCACAACUUGUAGAUAACGGCUUAAGAAUGCUUUUGCAACUUCUCACAAGUUGGAAGAACGCACUGACAAGUCCAAGCAUAAGAUCUAAGGAACAGGCGGCCGACAGUACGAGAACAAUUGCACGCACCGAUGGCUGCAUUAAGAAAAGUGAAUCAGGACAAAAGAUAGAACCUGUUUCAAGCGUGUUUCAGUUGGUAGAGGGUUUUGCAUUAGUUAUGCUAUGCAAUUGUCGACUUUAUCCUCGUAGAAUAGCAGUUCAUAUAUUGCGCGAGGUCAAGUAUUUGUUAAACACUUUAGGAGGUUUGGAAGAUGAUCAAGCUGUAAUAGAUGUAAUAGAUGCUUGUUGUCCAGUGGUUUUGGAGAAAUGUUAUCACAUGUUACCACCCGCGGAAAAGACAGCAGCUGCUUCAACGUCUAACGUGGAUCUUCAGUGGAUAGCUGAAAGAAGCAGUUGCGUGUGGACAGCGGGACUUCACGAUGACACUAGUACGAAAAGCUCUUCCUCUUUGAAUUUGAAUGGAGCAGAUCCAUGGGGAAGUUGUCUAUUCGCUUUCUUAGAAAAGGACAGAGUGCUCACAUUGUGUCCUUCUGCCGUCGCGCACUCAUGGCCUAUCGUGUUUACCCGGAUAAAUUCCCUCUUCUCAGUAAUUGAUCCUACACCUGUGAACGACAAUAGAGCAUCCCUAUUGCGAAGUUCAACGGCAGUGCGAAAGCCGAUCAACGAGAGAGACAUGUACAUGCAUGUUUGGAAAAAUUAUUUGACCUUCGGAUACAGGGUUGUCCCGCCGGUACCGAGUCCGGUUGUACGGUGCGCUAGUCCAGAUCUCAGUCUCAGUGGUCAGCAUACGGUGGAGUUUGGUGUGUUGUGCAUGAGUAAGGAGUUGAGUCAGAGCCUGGAGAAUCUCGGCGGGGCGCAGACCCUGCCGGGUCGGUUCUCCGUACCGUCCAUUUCCGGCAUCUACACCAGGCAUAAGCGGACCAGCUCCUCGCCGGACAGUCUUUCCGCCGAGAGAGGCGACAACAAAUCACCCGGCACGAACGCGAGCCCUGCAGCCCUCUACAAGUUGACGGUACCUCUUCUGAGAUGCGAAGUGGUCGAUGUCAGAGAUGCUGCUGUCCAAGCAAUCGGCAAGGUCAACGCUGAUGCUUUGAAAGAUUUAAUGGAAGAACUAGUCCCUUACAUUCGUGAAGCGGUUGAUCGAAAGCAAGAAAAUAUGAGACGCCGCAGACGCAGAGAUGCGUUAAGAUUACAGUUAGUGAGAGUUCUAGAACUCAUUGCCGAGUAUGGAACUUUCGGUAUCUGCCCUGCAGUAUUAGGCCGUGAGACACAAUCGCUUCAUCCAACGUUCGUCGAGUAUAUCGACGGUGCACGUUUAUAUUUGGAGAACGAGGCUGACAAAGAGGCUCCUGCUGUGCGCGAUAUCAAGUUGCAUUUCUGUAAUUUUAUUAGAAAAAUGAUCAAGAGUUUCACGUUGGAAACGUGUCAGUCAUUGUUGAAGAGAGAUUUGAGACGGAGUUUGUUCAUGCUGUUCGCUAGUUGGGCUGGCCCUUACGGUCGCUCGAUUACAAGCCCAUUCUGGCUACAGGAAGAAGGGAAAUCUUGUACGGAGUUACAGCUUUCAGCGCUGCAAGCCAUGAGUGGAUUGUUAUGUUGCGGGCCUUGCUUCAAUCCUCAACUGUUUUCUGAGGAGGGAGCGAUAUUGUAUCAAUGGCUGGACUUACUGUUGGAUAGCAAGGAUGAAAAAAUUUACGCCCUUGCUCGAGAAACGGUAGUUUUGCUAUUAGAAUGUAAUCCUGAUAUUGGAGCUCUCCUGGAUUGGGUCGUCGACAGAUGCUAUACCGGAGCUCCUCAAGUAGCCGAUGGUUGUUUCUUAGCGCUGGCAACAAUCUUCAGUGCAAGAGAAUAUCCUUGCGAUCAUUACACAAGCAUCAUCAACGUUACACUGAUGAGUACGGGUUGCCCUCGUGCUCCUGUCCACGAUGCGGCUCUUCAGCUUCUCCAGCUGUUGGACCAACGGUUUUUCGGGAACGUGGGUCCCCUUCCGACUACAGAACCAGAGACCGGCCAGGACGAUCUCGUUGCCGGCUCAUCAACUACGGCCACUUCCGUGCCAGGACAACAGAGUAAUCCAAUCGGUGGGUUAUCCUCGAACGGCACAAUUAGGGGCGGCACCCUGGACGUCCUCCUGUCGACCACUUAUUGUCGCAAUCAGAUGUAUCUCUCGCGCCAGCUCGCCCAAUUACAUCCGGAACUUACGAUGCCCAUGUUCAGCGAAAUUACGCACAGGUUUCAAACGGCUAGAAGAGAAGUACGACAGCUGUUGCUCCAGUAUUUGUUACCCUGGCUGCACAAUAUGGAGCUGGUCGACCCUAAUGUACCGCCGCCGUCGAAUCCAUUGAGUUACUAUCAGUAUUAUGCCACGGAUAUGUCAAGGGGUGGAGCGAGAAGAGAAGGAUGGGGUAGCGCCGAGGCAACGGAAAUGGUGUUGAAUAAUUUAUUUUACAUAACUGCCAAGUUCUCUGACGAGCACCCCAAAGAAACGGAGGAGCUAUGGGCAACUUUGUGCGGUUGUUGGCCUAACAAUCUGAAAGUGAUUAUUCGUUAUCUGAUCAUCGUCUCGGGAAUGGCGCCGCAAGAACUACUCCCAUACGCGAAACGCGUCGUGCUCUAUUUAGCCAGAGCUCGUCCAGAUCGUUUGGUGGAUGAAAUGAUGACCGAGCUGCAAACAGUGGAAACCCUUAAUUGCCUGAUUGAACGAACCGAGACACCACCUUUUUAUAGACUAACUAGCAUGAGGAAGGCUUCUUCUCAUAGCGAUGCUCCGGCCGCGGACCCUGGCAACCCUUCUCGUGACCUUGCGGUCGAGAAAGGCACCAUCCAUACGAAAAGGCAUUCCGGCGAGGAUCCAGUUAAAACCGGGUCGAAAUCUGAUACAGCGCUACGGGCGCUCGCUGGAUUUCAAACCCCACGUGUCGAAAAAACGAGGACUGCGAGCGGUCCGCCGGUUCUUCCUGAUGAUUUGUCCACUCCUACGACAGAGGCGGAGUUAACUGCCGACGAGUCCUGCUAUGGAGCACGCAACGGCCCCGCAGGUGUGAACGGGAAGAUCUCCUGCAGCGGGGAAAAAUUCGAUAUUCCACAACCGCAUCCACUACCGAUGCCUGAAUACGGUGGAUAUUUUGCGCCGUUGACGGAAUAUUUGCCGGACAGUUCGCAGCCAAUAAGUGGCUUUCAUAGAUGUAACAUCGCCGUAAUGCUGCUCACCGACGUUGUCGUUGACGGCAUACAACUUGAUUGGACUAUUCAUGUACCGCUGAUGCUGCACAUAGUUUUCCUUGGACUGGACCAUUCGAGGCCACUAGUGAGAGAUCACUGUCGUUGCCUGUUGCUGAAUCUAUUAGUUGUCCUUGGAGAUCAUCGGGAUCAUCUGGGUGUGGCGAGAGUGUUGUUGGCUUCUAAGACGGAACAGCUGGGUCUGGGUCUUUCUACCCCGGCUCUGCCAGUAUUGGAGCACAACUUCACGGAGGUUGAUCCAGAGUUUGACAGUUAUCUUUAUGGUCCACCAACGGCGCCUCCGCCGACUACACCACCUGCAUCAUCUUCGCCGCCUCCACCUUCUUCCUCUCCUCCUCCUCCACCACCGCCACCUCCCCCGCCGCCGCCGCCGCCGCCUCUACCCGAAUCUUCUAUAUUUACUUCCACACCGCCGCCGCCACCACCGCCUCCUCCGCCACCGUUUCCACCUUCAAAUACUGGAACACCCACGCAUUCGCCGAUUCCUAAUUCAAUGUCCACACCUCCGACAUCAAUGAACCAUGUGAAUCCGGCGGUCAUAGAUAACUGUAAAGAUUAUUCGAAUCAUCAUGCAUAUGAAUCAUCAGUUUGUAACAAUUGGACACCCGCGGCCGGCGUGACAACUACCGUGCCACCUGUCAUAGUUACUCCGGAUGAUGCUAAUAAUUGGAUUGGCCCGCAACCUGGCCCUAACAUGCCGAUCCAAGAUGUGAUAAAAUCUCUGAUUAACUUUCUUGCUUCUAGGAUAAACCAACCACUCUGGAAUUACGAAGACAUGACUGCCAAAGUCUGGUGGGUUCGCAGUGCAGAACAGCUAACAGUAUUAUUGCGACACGUGUUAAGAGUCUUCAGAGAUUCUUUACCACAUGCGUUAGUUAGUCAACGAUGGGCACAAACCGCGCUGCAAUUGGGCCUGUCCUGCUCGUCUAGACAUUAUGCAGGAAGGUCUCUUCAAGUGUUCAGAGCAUUACGAGUUCCUAUCACAUCCCGUAUGCUGUCGGAUAUUUUAUCCAGACUCGUGGAAACCGUUGCCGAACAAGGCGAAGACAUGCAGGGGUACGUGACGGAGUUGUUAUUGACACUGGAAGCAGCCGUUGAUUCCUUGGAGUCAGAUUUCCGGCCUCUGGACUUUAUGAAAGAAAUAUUUAAGUCUACGCCAAAUUUGAACAACAAAGAUCCAGCGUCUGGUUGCUUGAUCGGUGGCAAGCGUAGCCCAGGAGGAGGAAAUGGAUAUCCAGCCGGUCCUCACAUGUUCUCCCAUCUCAAUCAAGGUGGUCACACGCGAAGCACUAGUUAUUCAGUCAGUUAUUGCAUGAAGAAAUCAAGCGGUGGUAAUGUGGCAACCAGCGAAAUAAAAGAAUUAGAUAACAGAUGUAACAAAUACCCAAAUUCCAACCUCUCCCGAUCAAGAUCUGCACAGUCGUUGAAGCUAUUAGGUGACUCAGCGACACAGGACGACAAGAUGACAAUUCUGGCGCAACUAUUCUGGCUAUCUGUGUCUCUGCUCGAAUCUGAUUACGAACACGAAUUCCUUUUGGCGCUGAGAUUACUGAGUCGUGUGCUUCAUAGAUUACCAUUGGACCGACCAGAUGCCAGGGACAAGGUGGAAAAAUUGCAACAACAACUUAGAUGGAAUUCCUUCCCUGGCGUGCAUGCUCUGCUAUUGAAAGGCUGCACUAGCCCAAACACGUACGAACCAGUGGUGACUUUAUUGUCACAGUUCACUCCUUUGCUGGAUUUGCCAGUUGUUGAUCCUACUCAGAGCCUCGCGUUUCCAAUGAACGUUGUGUCUUUGCUACCCUACAUGCUUUUAAAUUACGAGGAUGCUAAUGAAUUGUGCAUCAGGAGUGCUGAGAACAUUGCACAAGUGAGCGCUGAGAAAGGAAAAAAAUUGGAGAACUUAGGCACCGUCAUGACAUUAUACAGUCGACGCACUUUCAGCAAAGAAAGUUUCCAAUGGACGAAGUGCGUUGUCAAGUAUCUUUAUGAUACCUACGCCCAUCUGAGUUUCAACAUGCUCGCCUUCCUGGUGGAAGUCCUUGAAAAGGGCCCAGGAAGCGUUGCGUUGCCUGUGCUUAGUAUUAUACAUUGUAUGUUGCACUACGUUGAUUUAGCUUCACCAGCUGCGCAACCAAUCAACACUGAACUUCUUAGAGUGAUUUCAAAAUAUGUUGAGGGUCCACAUUGGAAAGAAGCCCUUAAAAUAUUAAAACUGGUAGUCACGAGAUCGUCGACUUUAGUAGCACCACCUACUUCAGUGCAUGGGUCAUCUUGGGACUCUUCUUUAGCGUCUCCGCAUCCGAGCUUCACCGAUACCGAGAUAUUUACCAAAAAAGAACUGCCCGGAAGGACCAUGGAUUUCACUUUCGACUUGUCUCAAACACCUGUAAUCGGUAGACGAUGGUUAAUACGUCAAGGUGUGGAAGAAAAGUCAAUUAGUUCUCCUCGAUGCUCGGUGUCCCUUUCGCCAGCCGACAGUAAUGCGGUUGCUGGUUGGAAGAGACCGUGGAUGUCACAGGGACGUGUUAGAGAAUGUUUGGUGAAUCUUCUAACAACAUGCGGACAACGUGUUGGACUACCAAAGAGCCCAUCUGAUGAACACAUUAGUUCAAUGACCUUAUAUAGCAAGGUGAUAUUCAGUCAAAGUUCAGAUUUAAUGGAAAGACAAUCGUCCAUGGCUUCCUCGACGGAAGAAGUUUCCGGCGCGAACAAUGAUUUGAGCGGAGGCUCGAGAAGGGACGACGAGCAAUUUGGUGUAUUCAAGGACUUCGAUUUCCUGGAAUAUGAGAGCGAAAGCGUCGAGGGUGAAAGUACCGAUAACUUCAAUUGGGGAGUGAGAAGGCGCCCUCUGAGCGAAGGGGAAGAAAGAGAGUCAAGUUUGAGGCAAUUUGAGGAGAGUUUAAGCGAGAAAACACAAUCAUCGAGUAAACAUACUAGUCGAUCAACCAACAUAAUGUCGGAAUUCCAGCGAGGAGUCGCUGAAGAAUCGUCAGAUGAUGAGGCUGGUUCAGAAUCGCCUCUAGAUGAAGUACCCGGUGGAUCAGGAGCAGGCCAGGAGGCAAAUAAUAUGCCUGGAAUGUUCCCACCAUCUUCUCUUUCAUUGAUACCGACCCGCACCCGACACGAUUCAUCGACAAGGUCUGACACAUCUGGCUCCAGCGCUGGAGAUUUGGGAGACGUGACACCUUGCAACGCGUCGCCAAACCUUUCGGCAUUGAUGCCAUUCAGACAAGCCGUACGAGACGACGCUGAAGAAGUGUGGCGUCAACAAAUCCAAAACCUCAUGACGCAAUGUCUACAAUUCAACACGCUAGACUUUUUCCAACUAUUAACUAGAAUUCUAAGGGAUGUGAGCAGUAAGUCUGUUAUUCUCACGCGAGAAGCCAGUAUCUUAUUGUGUAACGGCAGUCCCGCUUCCACUCAAUUAGGAUACCAUUUAACUAAUCACGCAGAUUUGCUCAGCUCGAAGGCUGACCCACCGUUAAUUUGGUUUUCCAUUGGCAUAUUUGCGAAUCAAAGAUUGAACGAGUCCUUGCGGUUUGGGAUGCUGGAGAUCCAAGAAAUUGUAGAGACGAUCUUAUAUCGAAAAGAUCAUGCUACAGAAUGCUUGGAAGCUACCAAAGCAGCAGUGAAACUCCAGGCAUUAGGCGGCGGUCAUACCGCGGAGGCCGGUUUCGAGGACUUGGGCAGAUCGUUUUACAAGCUUCAUCUUCAACUUCUGCUUCUGAUCGAAGUUUCAAACAGGUUGUUGGUCACAUUGAUGAACGCCGCGAAGAAUGUGCAAGUUCCGCUUCAAGAUAUGUCCACGGAAAUCGCGGGCAUGAAGACCGCUUUGAGCAGAGCGCUUGAGGAGAGCACUGAAAGCGAGAGAGGCACGCCAACACCAACGCCUAGUCCCAGCCCCUUACCUGGAGCAGGUGCCGUUGAGGAAGUUGCUCGCGUCGCGGAGUUACUCCGAAAUGCCAGAUGGUGUCAUGCACUCGAGGCUGUAAGACUGCACAGAGCUCAAUGGCCCGGAGAUCCCUUCCACGAUGACGACGACGUGACGACUGCUGUCAACAUGUAUUGCAAGUACCUAGGGCAAGACGGAUCUGAUAUUUUUGUGGUGACACGAAAGGACGACGAAAUGUCAGAGAUCUUUACUAGAUUGAUGGAAAGCUUGUUUCAAGUUCUGGCUGCGUUAAGACAUCUCUCUCUCAAUAACUCAAAAAGCGACUGCUAAAAUCGUAACGAUAAGGUUUAAUAUCAUAUUAUAGGCAACUAUUUGUCUGAAUUCAAGUCUUCGUCUUAACUUAAUUGUGCGUGCGUUUUACCCGUAUAUUCUUAUGUUGUAUACAACUAUAGACGUAUGUAUGUAUGUAUAUCGUGAGAGUAAUCGUCACAGUAAUAGAUAAACACGCACGAGCAGAAGCGCGAUAGCGGCGAUUUUAACGCUUCUUUUUUUAACACGAUUGCAAAGAGACAAAUGUACGCAAUUCUUCGACGAAAUAAACCAUCGAAAACCUAAAUAAUGAA